AUGGAGGAUAUUUUAGCGGAUAGCGACGCUAUGGUACAUCGUAAUCGACCUGGAACAAAAUCGAAGGCUAUGAACCGGUGGCCUGAUAUCGAAUUUGAUGACAUGGAUUCUAUACUUUGUGUACAACAGAUAAUUCAGCAACGAAUUAAGGAUGAUGCGUCGAAUAUACAAGUAAUAAUUAAUCCUCCUCCAUCUCAAGACGAAGAUGUUUGGAAAUACGAACAUAUCAGGCAAUUUUGUCAAGAACUGAAUGGAUUAGCGGUCCUGUUACAGGCUGAAUGCAACCCAACCAGUUGCCCGCAGAUGAUGGCAACAGAACAGUGGAUUUACUUAUGUGCUGCCCAUAAAAUACCAAAAGAGUGUCCAGCAAUCGACUACACAAGACAUACUUUAGAUGGCGCUGCUGUAUUAUUAAAUAGCAAUAAAUACUUCUCUAGUCGGGUGACAAUAAAAGAUACAUCCGUAGCAAAGUUGGCUUCAGUGUGUCGUAGGCUAUACAGAAUCUUUUCUCAUGCCUUUUAUCAUCAUCGGGCUCAAUUUGAUAUCUUCGAGACUGAGACCUUUCUUUGUGAGCGGUUUACUGCUUUUGCAAAAAAGUACGAGCUAAUGACCGGAGAAAGUUUAAUUGUAACCCUAAAUCAUGAUAGUAACGCAGAUAGCGAAGGUAUGGAAUCAUGA